AUGUCCACGGAUGGUGGCUUCGGCACAGCUGGCAAUAGCGAUGCCCAGCAAAGCCUCCAGUCCUUCUGGCCGCGAGUCAUGGAGGAGAUACGCAAUCUCACGGUGAAAGACUUCAGAGUUCAAGAACUCCCUCUGGCUCGUAUUAAGAAGAUAAUGAAAUUAGAUGAAGAUGUGAAGAUGAUUAGUGCCGAAGCUCCCGUGUUGUUCGCCAAGGCAGCUCAGAUAUUCAUAACAGAAUUGACUUUGCGAGCGUGGAUACACACAGAAGAUAACAAGCGCAGGACUCUGCAGAGGAAUGACAUUGCCAUGGCAAUUACAAAGUUUGAUCAAUUUGACUUUCUUAUCGAUAUUGUUCCAAGAGAUGAACUGAAGCCUCCAAAGCGGCAGGAAGAGGUGCGUCAGGCUGUGACCCCAGCUGAGCCUGUACAGUAUUAUUUCACACUGGCUCAGCAGCCUGCUGCAGUGCAGGUUCAGGGGCAGCAGCAAGGACAACAGACCACCACAUCCACCACCACUAUCCAGCCAGGCCAGAUCAUCAUCGCCCAGCCUCAGCAAGGGCAGACCACCCCCGUGACGAUGCAGGUGGGAGAAGGCCAGCAGGUACAGAUAGUGCAGGCCCAGCCGCAAGGACAGACCCAGCAGGCUCAGAGUGGAACUGGGCAGACCAUGCAAGUCAUGCAGCAGAUCAUCACCAAUACAGGAGAAAUCCAGCAAAUACCGGUUCAGUUGAAUGCUGGCCAGCUGCAGUAUAUCCGCUUAGCCCAACCUGUGUCAGGCACCCAGGUAGUCCAGGGGCAGAUCCAGACGCUUGCAACCAAUGCACAGCAGAUAACGCAGACAGAAGUCCAGCAAGGACAGCAGCAGUUCAGCCAGUUCACAGACGGACAGCAACUUUAUCAGAUCCAGCAAGUGACCAUGCCUGCAGGCCAGGACAUCACCCAGCCCAUGUUCAUCCAGUCCACCAACCAAACCUCAGACGGCCAGGCCGCACAAGUGACAGGGGACUGAACAGGGACGUCGCAGCAAGUCGUCUCUCUGCGUGGAAACGAACACGUACCAGCCUGACGUUUGCCAUCCCAACCUGGUCUGAUGAAUACAUCUGCUUCUGUGUAUCUGUACUUGAUAUUAAGCCUAUAGUAGGCUGCAAUCUCCGGUGCACUAUACACCUUCCUCUGGUGGGUAUGAGAGAAUAUCCAACAGACACUGUAUGCAAUAUUUUUAUUUUUAGAAAUCAAUAUUUCAGUGUAUUCAGCUGCUUGUUCAAACCCAUAAAACCGAAAGAGAACUAAUCAAAAGGAAGUUGUAGCAUCUCAUUGAACGAUAUGUAAAAUGUUUUUAUCUAGUAAAAUUAUUAAAGGGUACUGCAUCUGGUUUGUUGCAAGAGCUUUAUUCCUGGUAUUCUGUUUGUAUUUUUUCUCUGAAUAGAGCUAGAUUCAGUCCUCCCAUCUCAAUGGUUUAUUAGGGGCGUAUGGGGGGAGUGUGUGUGUGUUAGAUAUUCCUCUCCUGC